AACAGCUGUGCAGGGCCCGGCGGUGCAGAGGCCCCGGGCCCGCCAGCGCAGCAAGGCCACUGGGGAGUGACUUCCACUCAGGAUCGCGGAGGGCGCAGGCCGUUGGCGCGUGGCAGUCGGCGUGGGCCUGGCGUCCCCGCGCGUUCGCGGCGCCCCGUGUCUCCGGCUGGGCGCAGGUGGGCCAGGCCGGGCGCCGCAAAUCGGCGCGUUCCCACGAAGGCUAGCCCUCGGAGCGAGGGGGAGGGACCAUCGGAAAGACGUGGAACGAUCCGCGCGGUGUCAUCCGCAGGGCCCAGGCCCCGCGCCACCGCCGCCGUCGCCGCCGCCGUCGCCGCCGCUGGGGCUUGGCUGCGGGGAUCCACGCAGAGCCUCCGCGCAGCCCCGAGAUUAGCAUGACACUGGGUAGCCAUCCCGCUUCCGGCGGUGCCAGAGCGCAACGCGCUAGUCCCCGAGCCGCGAUGGUCCCGCGCGGGGGCCGAUCGCCGGGCUCCGCGGCCGCCGCGGCCCGUGAGUAGGAGUAUGCCUGCGGUGGGGGACCCACGCGUGUCGGCACGCGCCCCCACCCUCCCGCGCCCCCGCCAGCCUUGGAAGGAGGAAGCCUGACGCCACGCCGCGGUCGCCAGCACCCAACGGGGCUCUUCCUGCGUUGUCGCAGCGGCGGUCCCGGUGCUCCCGCGCGCCCCCCGUUCGAGCCUCUGGAAUGAAGACUGCCUCCCGAGGACUGCGAGAGAGAAGCAGAGGCAGCGGGCGCCGGAGACUGCGGGCCUCGCGGCUGGAAGGUCCGGGGGGACGCGACUCGGACGCUGUCAUCCCCACGCCUCGCGCUGAAGCCUCCUAGUGCGGUUGGGGCUGCCGCCCACCGGUCAAGCUGCCGGGGCGUGCGAUCCGGGGUCGGCCCCCAGAGGCCUCGGCUUCCUCAUUUGUUUGGGUCUUUUGUGCUGUGGCGCACAGUUGGCUAAGCACUCCUGCGCUGAAUCGGGCCAUUGUCUGCGCUCCCAUUGCUUCCACGCUGCAAGUCUCGGCGCCCCCACCCCGGCCGCCCCCUCCCGGCCGCCGAGCCUCCCAACGUGCCUUCCCCCCCAGGAAUCUGGAAGCUGAAAGCCCGGCGGAUUGCAAAUGAAGUGGAAUGCAUUGUGGGACGAGUGUAAAAUCCGAGCCUUCUCCGUGGGGGUGUGGGGGGGCGUGGGGAGGGCCGGACCUGCCGCCGGCGGUGUAGACACCGAGGAGAAGAGGGUCUGGGGAAAAAAAAUGUGCGCAGAGUCCUCCCGGGUCGUGGCCGCGGUAGACGGAUGAAGCUGCGCGCUGCGCCCUGGCGCUGAGGCCCUACUAUUGGGGCACCAGGGUCGCCCUUCCCCACCAUGAAGAAGACCCGGAGCACAACCUUGCGGCGAGCCUGGCCUAGCUCGGAUUUCUCGGACCGGGCCUCGGACCGCAUGAGGUCCCGCAGCGAGAAGGACUACCGCCUGCACAAGCGCUUCCCCGCGGCCUUCGCGCCCCAGGCUUCUAGGGGCUACAUGACAUCAGGUGAUGUGUCACCAAUCAGUAUGUCCCCCAUCAGUCAAUCUCAGUUUAUUCCACUCGGGGAAAUCCUUUGCUUGGCCAUCUCGGCAAUGAACUCUUCGAGAAAGCCUGUCACCCAGGAGGCGCUGAUGGAACACCUGACGACGUGUUUCCCAGGUGUUCCAACCCCAAGCCAAGAAAUUCUACGGCAUACCCUAAACACACUGGUACGGGAGAGGAAAAUCUAUCCGACUCCGGAUGGCUAUUUCAUUGUGACCCCACAGACUUAUUUCAUUACUCCUUCCCUCAUAAGAACUAACAGUAAGUGGUACCACUUGGACGAGAGGGUACCUGACAGGUCUCAGUGUACCUCUCCACAACCAGGAACCAUAACGCCCUCUGCCUCAGGCUGUGUCAGGGAAAGGACAUUACCCAGAAAGCACUGCGACUCUUGCCACUGCUGCCGAGAAGACAUGCACAGCAUGCAUGCCUCCACUCUGCAGAGGAAGCCCGCCAAGGACUGCAAAGACCCUUACUGCCCUCCUCCGCUGUGCCAGAUGCCACCCACUGAUAAAAGCAAAAGUACUAUAAAUUUCUCUUAUAAGACGGAAACUCUCUCUAAACCUAAAGAUGGUGAAAAGCAGUCCAAGAAAUUCGGCCUUAAGUUAUUCCGGCUGAGUUUUAAGAAAGACAAGACCAAACAGCUGGCCAAUUUCUCUGCCCAGUUUCCUCCUGAGGAGUGGCCUCUGCGAGACGAGGACACGCCCACGACUAUCCCCCGGGAGGUGGAGAUGGAGAUCAUCCGUCGUAUCAACCCGGACUUGACGGUGGAAAAUGUCAUGAGGCACACUGCACUGAUGAAGAAACUUGAAGAAGAAAAAGCUCACCGGAGCAAAGCCGGGUCCUCCGCCCACCACAGUGGAAGGAGUAAAAAGAGCCGGACUCACCGAAAGUCCCACGGGAAGUCUCGGUCACACAGCAAGACUCGAGUGUCCAAAGGAGAUCCUUCGGAUGGCUCGCAUCUGGAUAUCCCCGGUGAGAGGGAGUAUGAAUUUUGCGACCCUCUAACCAGGGCCCCCAGAGAGGGCUGCUUCAUCAUUGAACACAAAGGAGACAACUUCAUCAUGCACAGCAACACGAACGUGAUCGAGUCCCAUUUCCCCAUGACGCCAGAAUGGGAUGUGUCUGGCGAACUGGCCAAAAGGAGAACGGAGAUGCCCUUUCCCGAACCUUCCAGGGGAAGCUCCCACUCCAAAGUGCACCGAAGCCACAGCCAUACCCAGGACCGGAGGUCCAGGAAUGAGAGGUCCAACAAGGCCAAGGAGAGAUCCAGGUCAAUGGAUAACUCCAAAGGCCCCCUGGGCGCUUCUUCUCUCGGGACUCCGGAAGACCUGGCUGAAGGCUGCAGCCAAGAUGACCAAACACCCAGCCAAUCAUACAUUGACGACAGUACGUUAAGGCCUGCGCAAACGAUUGGUCAUCAAAGGGCUCAUAUUCCUUCUGCCAGCUAUAAAGAGGUGUGCAUUCCAGAAAUAGUUGGUGGCAGCAAGGAACCUUCUAGUGCUUGUAGCCUUUUGGAGCCAGGCAAAUCCCCUGAGAGUAUGCCGUCUUAUGGGGAACUCAGCCCUUGCCCGGCAAAAACAGCUGUGGAUGACUAUUUUCAGUGCAACACUUCUAGUGAGACUGUGCUCACAGCACCGUCUCCUUUAGGGAAGAAUAAGGAGGACCACGACACUUUGACCUUGGUGGAGGGGGUAAAAAAGCUGUCUCCAUCUGAGAGGCAGACCCCCCACUCUUCCAGGGAUCCUGUUGGGCACAAGGAGGAGUCACCAAAAGGGCCAGGUGGGGGCCCUGUAGCCUCUGGUGGUGUGGCAGAGGGGUUGGCCAAUGGCCGUCUUGUCCAACAUCAUAGUGCAGAACCCAGCAACUUGGACAAAAGGAAAGAAAUAUUCAGCAAAGACACACUGUUCAAACCUCUACACAGCACCUUGUCUGUAAACAGCUAUCACAAAUCCAGCUUGUCCCUCCUCAAAUCUCACCCGAAGUCACCUGCUGACACACUGCCAGGCCGAUGUGAGAAAAUGGAACCUUCCCUUGGGACAUCUGCGGCCCAAGCCAUGCCUCCGUCCCAGCGUCAGCAGGAGCCUGGAGGGAACCAGGAGGCCUCCUUUGACUAUUACAACGUCUCCGACGACGACGACUCUGAGGAAGGGGCCAACAAAAACACAGAGGAGGAGAAAAACAGAGAUGAUGUGGGCACCAUGCAGUGGCUCCUCGAGAGGGAGAAGGAAAGAGACUUGCAGAGGAAGUUUGAGAAGAACCUCACCCUCCUCGCCCCAAAGGAAACCGAUAGCAGCAGCAACCAGAGAGCCACCCACUCAGCCCGGCUCGACAGCAUGGACAGUAGCAGCAUCACCGUGGACAGUGGAUUCAACUCCCCACGCACUCGGGAAAGCCUGGCUUCCAACACAUCAAGCAUUGUUGAAAGCAACCGCCGUCAGAAUCCUGCUUUGAGUCCGGCCCAUGGCGGAGCUGGUCCAACCUUCAACUUCCGCGCCAGUACGGAUCCCCCGACCAGCGAAGCUGAGAAAUUACAGAAACCUUCCAACUGCUUGCAAGCUUCUGUUACUAGUGUAUGAUUGUCCUUCUGCCUCAGAUCUUCUGUCUCAUUCGAUACAGCAACGUUUACGACGAUUGGGACUGAUGUUUACAUCUCUUCAAAGGCAAACAUCUCAAGCACAGGUUGGGGGUUACUUGAGCUGUGCCGCUAAGUAGGCUAGGGCAAAAAAAAAAAAAUCUUCAUUUCAGAGUAUUGCUUUUCACAUGUAUGGCUCUGUAGCUACCGAAUAGCAGUAUGGGAGAUACGUACACUUCCGCUUCACUAAUUGUAUCUGAGCACACAUAGGAAAGUCUAAACACUGUAAGUGGAACAUGCAUUUUUCGAUGUCAUACAGUUGCCAAUUCCAUUCUGAAAAUGCCACAGAGAUGUGUUGCUCCCUGCCGGCCUACGGGGUACGGGCCGUGGGACUCAUCCUUGAUAACCCCGCCCCCUCAAAACCCCGUCCCCUCAAAAAAAAAAAGCCAAGCCGCCACAAAAUGUAAAUGUAGGGGUGUGUCCAUUGUGAGAAAAACCAGUGCCAAACUGGGCAGAAGGGACCCCAGCCCUUUAUGUGUGAGUCCUUUAAAGUACCAGUCAUUUUUCACUGUGAGUUUUCACGACACUCUUGCAGGAGCCCAUGGAAGUGGGUCAGAGGUCCCUAUGGAAGUUGUUGGGGUAUUUGUUUUUACUGUUUUCCAACUCACUAAAUGCUUGUCUUGAGUUUUUUGUUUUUUUAACCUUCCCUAAUCACAAACAGGAAUAUAGGCCUUUGAGGUGGACAAAGGAAGGGAAAUGCGGUCUCAUGGGGGCACAGCACUGAGGGCUGGAGAAGGGUGUGUGGAUGACCAGGAGGGAUGAAUCAGAUACUGGAGAAGGAUGCUUCCCUCCUUGGGACACUUAGGAUGAUCGAGCUGACUAUAUUAGAUGCGGUGAUUAAUCUGUUGGGAAGUAAAAUGUUCUUUAUGAUACAAAUGAAGAAUGUGGCCCGAGGGUGUUAUUCUUUCUAAUGGAAGGGACAUAAAUCUAUUUUAUGUAGUUUUAAAUAGAAUGCCUAAAUUAGGCUGUGGAGAUGAUUUUUAAUGGUUGUAGGAAAAGAGCAAAUUUAGGGAGAGUUAAACUUCAGGCCUUUUAUUCCUGGGAAGAUAUCUAUAGAGACAACAUUUAAAGUAAUUUUUGAUUAGAAAUAUACAUGGGCCCAUGUAAUGAACAGCAGAAUGUCCUCAUUCUGCUGGCGUGGUAUAUUCUUAAUUUGUACUCCCCUAAAGUGUAUCAGAAUGACACUUAUGCAUUCAUGAACUAUGCCAGAGUAAUGUUUACAGAUACUUUGUAGUGAUUUCAGGAGGCACGUUUUGGGUGGACAUCAUCUUUGCAAUGACUUCUCCAAGCUCUGCUUUGGUUUAAGACGUCAUGCUCAGUAUCCCAAGGCUUUGCAGAAGGGGGACCACUAACCAUUACACUUCAGUCCUACCAGAAAGGCUCUCUUCAAAAGUCCCUUGAUCUUAUUUUCUGAGAAGCGUGGCAUACCUCUGUAGGUACUGAAAAUCUUAUCUGCACGUGGGUUAGGUCUGAUCUCAGAAAAUGGUCUGAAACAAAGUUACAUUCAGUUGAGUGUCAGAUGAUUUUUGGAGCCAUAUGCUUUAAUGAAUUUAUAGAUAAACAACUUAAAAAUCAGUAUAAAAUAUUUUCACUCAAGAUUUCAGCAAUGAGCAUAAGUUUGUGAGCUACUUCUUUUUCUGUGUCAGGCUGAAUCACUAGCAAGGUGUCUAAGGGAGCACAGUCAUAUGAAGCAGUUGGAAACAUGUACAUUCAUUUUGUCUGCUAUUUGGAAGUUGUACUAUUGGGUCAAACUGGGCUCCUUAAGCUUGGUAUAAAUUUCUUUUUCUUGCUUAUUGUAAUGAAGCUUAAGCACAGUUCCCAGUAUACUGCUACAUUGUUGAAAUGCUUAAGGGAAUUGGCUUCGAAUCCCAUAUCUUACUUCCUCCUGGCAUGCCUCAGUUGUCCAGAAGCACAUUGUUUCUCUGAUUACUUAAGUAAUGUCCAGAAAGAGCAACCAUGCAUCUGAUUACUACAUAGUCUGUUUGCUUCAGGAGCCAUACACCAUAAGAUUCCUGGAUCUGGUCUAAAUUAAUUUGCCCCCACCCCCCACCCCGCGCCCUAAAAAAACCUGCUCUGAAACUUUUGGCAUACUCAGUUCAUAAAUAACAGAACUGUUAAAACAAUACACUAAUCUCUGAUUGACCUCUGAACAUAGUAGCCAUUGAAAGAAUUGAGUGCCGUGCGAGCAGGAGAGGACAUAAUUCUGUUUUAAGCGAAGCUUUAAAAUAUGCAUUUUUGAUAGUUCACAAAAAAAACAGGUUUACAGAAGACAUUUUCCAAACAAAAUGUGUACACUAAUCACUAUGGAGUACAUGAUUUAAAAAUAAUAAUAAGUGGAUAAGCAAAAGAACUUCCCUUAGACCAGCAGCCAUUAGCACUGAAUGAUGGGCUUUAAAGAUGAUGUACCACAUACACAGAUAUUCCGUGGAGAAACACUCUCGUCUGAAUCUAAUCUGGAUUCUUGAAUGGAGAGGCAUUGGUGGUGGGAAGCACAUGGCAGUGGGAUGCGUACAUGUGUCUAAGAUGGUCUCCUCAAAAUGGUGAGACUCUUUGACUCUCACAGCCUCGAGACUCUCUCCAGGCUUCGUCAGUUUUCUCCACUGGAACCGUAGCUCUGUGUUCUGUGACGGCAUGUCUAGUUUUAGAGUUUAUCAACGGAAAGGUUUACAAAACUGAAUCUGGUUGAAUCUCUGUGAGGCAUUCAACUUUAAAGGGUCAACACAUCUGUCGGCAUUUUGCACACGUAUGUAUUAUUAUGAUACAGCAUAUUACUUUAUGGUAAUUUUUAUUUUUUACAUAUAACUACCUCCAUGAAUUUGAUGAAAUGGCAGCAGUGUGUUUAAGUGUGUUCUUCAGAAAAAGCAAUGUUACAAACGUGUUUCAGCGGUAGGCCAUGGCGUGGCGUAUGUGUCGGUGACUUACCCAUUGGACUCAUGACCUUUUCAUUGCCAUGAUUUUCUUUCACAACAUUCUUUGCUCCCAACUGUAAGCCUGUUGUCCUCUUUUUCUCUCCCUUCUCCCCCAUGAAAGCACAUUUGAUUUGUUACAAAUGAACGAACAUUUUAAAAUUACUGUCUUCCCUGCUUCUACACGCUCACUAUUAGAGAAAAAAAAAGUCUUCUCUGGCAAAGAGCCACUUGGUAAACAUUUAGGAAGUUAUUAAUUCCUAUAGAAAUUACAUUGAAUUGUUAGGGUUUUUUUUCCCCCAGUAACAAAAGAUAUGUGAAAAUUUUGGACUGCCAACUUGAAGCACUUUGGGCCUCUCUGCCUCUAUGCUACCCUAUGGAGCCCAAACUUUUUUUUAUUAAAAGAACUGUGCCAUGCAUUCUGAGAUGUCUGUUAAGUAAUUUGUCUACCCUUUGAUUGCACAUCUCAGGAGACUUUAAUGAGUGCAAGAAUAGGGUGUGUGUGCACCCAAUAGAGAAAACCAAUGUGAGAGCUGAAAUGGGAGUAGCCGGGUAGAAAUAAGAAAUGCCGGUGUCUUUGAUGUUGGAGAAUUCAAGUUCAGGAAAUAUGAAUGGAAAGAGAAUGUGGAGGAGCAGUGAUUUGAAUGUCUCUUUUCUGAGAACUCAGCCAAUAUUGUUACAAUGUCACCAAGACAGGAAAGGCAGUAAGGACAUAAAAGAACAUCGUUUCUCUUUUAGGUUAGCAUAGCUUUGUAAAGUCCUACCUAGGAUUAACCACUGGUCACCACAAAGUGUACUUGAAGAUAAAGUUUGUAACUUCAGUGAUAGGCACAGUUCUCACAAAACCAUUUGGGAGGGGUAGCGUUCUGAGCUUGCGCUAACAACCAACGACUGGUAAUGUUCCGCAGCUCAUCCGGCGAUCUCAAAGUGCUUCCGAAGCAUUAGGCGUACAAUUGCAGGGCGGGUCCAGUUUCUCAUACCCAGGCUUGACAGGAGCAAACAAAUGGAGUGUCUUGAGAUCACCCAGAAACACAGUGGCAGCUCUCAGUGACCUAUUUUCUAUCUGUUUGAUAGGCCAUGGUGAGAAAUCACUAAGAUGCUAUUUUUAUGAUGUGUGCUAAUAAAGAAAACAAAUACAGCUUGACACCUUGUCCAUUUCAUUCAAAGAGGUAUGGGUGUUUGGAAUCUCAGCACCUCAGCACCCCUUACUGGUAUUGAGUUAUGACGUGGGAGAGGAACAAAUCCACACCAAUGCCACUGUCAUCCAAGGCCAGUCCAGACAUCCACCUUUGUUUACAGUUCCUUAUUAGGUCCCUGUCAUAUCUGUGUUAAAACAAAACCCCAUCUCCAGGAACAUUGGCUGCUCCAGGCAGUGGAAGGUGCUGAAACAGUUGUGUUUUUUUUUUCUCUUAAUUUUCCUUUAAAAUAUUCAUCAAGCACUCCUCACAGUGUUCAGCAACAUACCACUCACUAUGCUAUAUCAAGCCCUGCUUCGUAGAACCUGGGAAGCUGAUCCAGUUCCAAGAGUUUUGUCAAAUUAUGAGAUAGAAGGUCUUUGACUUCUGCUUUCUCCUUUCCCACAGACCAGACCCACACCCAACUAGCAGUGCAGUGCAGACCACAGUAGACUCGAAGUGGUGCUUCCUCCCCCGACCCCCAACCCCCAUCCAUUGUCAAAGCCAUCCAAUAAUGUCCUGUGAGCGAGGGACUCUCUGGCCCGUGUUUAAGGCUUGGGGAAAUUAGAAACAAGAAAAAUGAAUGCAAAAAGCCAUGGGAGGCAUUGGUUUCCUUUGGGCUAGUUAAACAUGGUGGCAAGGGAUUGCUAUUGUAUGAGCUUUGCCAAGAAAUACAAAAGACUCAGCCAUCACCCCAUCCUUCUCGAAGAAGGUUUUAUAGUAUUAAUGAUACAAGUGAUAUUUUCCCAUGGAGUUUUCCUUAGGAUACAUUUCAUAAAUUAUACACAUGAGACAUUUUAGCAUUAGAUCUCAUGUGUUUGCCAAAGGUACUGGCUUCUCCCUGGCUUGGAGUCCAUCCUCUUGUCUUGCAUCAGCAACGCAGAGGGGCUCCUCGGUGAUGGCUUCUAGAAUACAUAUGCCUGUGUCUUUAUUGUUGUGCACAGGCUUAACAUUUGCAAAACUGAGAAUUCGGCAAAGCUCCAGGGGAACUAAGCGGUCUUGUGAUUGUAUGCAGGCAGUCAGAGGCCUUUAAUGGCUCAUUGUCGGCUUCACUUGUGAACACAUACACCCUCCCGACUAGGAAAAGGGUGUUUCCAGGUGAUGUACCAAUGGCUUGGAAAGGCAGAAAUGGAAGGUUAGAGCUUGGCUGGUCCUUGUGCACCUGCCUACCUCCCUGUCCAAAGGCUGACCUUGGUACCCGCCCCCCCCAUUCCCCUUCUCUCACCCCAAAAGAGGUACCAAAUCUGAGACCCGAGCUCUCCUUCAAUCCCAGUCCUCUACAGCUCCAGGACCUUCAUAUAGAACAUUCUUGACAGCCCCGCCUUCCUUUCCUCUGAGCGUUACCCUCUCCGCAUCCCCACCACCACCAGAUACCUACCCCACCACCACUCUUUCCACAUUGGAAGAACAGAAUACUGUGUAGUAUUGUGCACGCAUGCCAGUUAGGAGUAGACCUGCCCUCGGGUCACCUUCACAUCAGUGUCAACAGCUACAAACAUAAAGUCCUUAGAGCAGUCACAUCCAUACUCUCUGGAAGAGAAUUCAAUUUGACCAUCUAAGUUCCAAGGGAUCGUGGCUCUGCGGGUGUCUUUCUCUGCGUGGCUGACUGUGACUAUUACAUUAGGGUCAGUGAGCUAAGAAGUACGUGUGGGAUUCACUGUGUUAGGAAGGAGUUUUGCAGCCAAGACUGCCUUGAAUAAAAAUGUUUUUGCACUGAAAAAAAAAACUUUAAAUGACUUGGUCUCUGGUUGCUGUAAAGGUCAUCCAAGAUGGAUGUUCUGUUUAUAUUGUAUAGUAUUUCAUAAGAAAUAACUGCAGUUCAUGAAACGUCUUCCCUAAUGUUACUGAUUUCUAACAGCACAUUUGUAACAUGGUUUUUAUCGUGUCCGUGUACCAUACUGUAAAUGAUGAUUCCUUGUCAUGCUUAGUAUAAUAAGUUAAAAGGAAAAAAAAAAAGGACAGGGAUUUUUGUAAGUCUAUAUUUGAAAGUCCCUCCAUAUGGUAAUAUUGUGUUCAUGUUGUUUAUGUAGUGUUGUGUGAAAUAUCCAUUUUGGAUUGUGUUACUUUUUAAGAUAUUAAAUAACAUUUGGUUAUAUGUGUAA